GUCGAGCCGUUCCUAUUAGUUACAAAUCUAGUUCGUUUCAAACGUAAAGCGCUUUCUUUGUCGCAAAGCAGUGACAAGACAUCUAAACAAACAACAGGACCAACUGCACGGAUUCAAAGUCGAUAUAGAUUUAUUAUUGUUUCUAGGACAUCGACGUUUUCUAAGGCAAUGGCAGCCUCUUCUUCAUCCUCCUCUGCAGGAGGUGUUAGCGGCAGCUCGGUGACUGGCUCCGGAUUUAGUGCCUCAGAGCUCAUCCCUCCUAGAAAAGUACUGUAUACAUAUCCUAAAGGCGCAGGUGAAAUGAUGGAAGAUGGCUCUGACAGGUUUUUAUGCGAGUCUGUAUUCAGCUACCAAGUUGCCUCCACACUGAAACAGGUUAAACAUGAUCAACAAGUGUCUCGAAUGGAGAAACUUGCAAGCUUAGUGGAGGAGCUGGAAGCAGAUGAGUGGCGGUACAAACCGAUUGAACAGCUUUUGGGAUUUACGCCGUCUUAAAUAAAGAGACCCAGAUGCCUUUGGUUAAUAAAUGAGCCAAAGAGAAGGACAUGGUUUAUUUCAGUUCAAAAAUUCUAUUCCUUCUUUAUGGUUUUAUUCUAUAUCAUAAGUGUGAAAUAUUAUGUGGAGAUACUGAAUGUGAGAUGUUUUAUUUAAUCACUUUGACUAUUGUAUGAGCAUGGUUUACUUUUUUUAAAAACAUGUUACAUUUUACCCACUGUCAACAAAAAUAACCUUGUUAUAUACUUUUAACUGAACAAUUCAAACUGUUGUAAUAGAUUUUCUGCUGCUUUAAGCUAAUAAAGGUGUUUUGCCAGUUCAAUCUGUUCCUAGAGUCAGUGUUAAGAAAAAUAAUAUCUUUUGUAACCUAAUAAAUCCCUCAAAGAAGCAUUUUGUUUCCACAUGGCUGUGCAGUAACUCAUUAAUCUAAACCUGCUCAGUCUCUCCACAUCGCUGCUGGCUCCAACAGCACUUGGAGCAAAACAAAGAGAGCUUGUAAAUAAAAUCAUACUUGGAAAUUC